AGGCUGAACAGGUGCGGAGAGGAAGGGGGCAAUGGCAGUUUCAGCGAGUCCUGGUCCUCCAAUUAGGAAAAGCACACAUUACCACGUGAACAAAGCCGCUGUCUGAGUGAUUUGGGGACAGGCAGCUCGAGGAGCAGGGGAACGCACAUUUAACUGGAAGUAGGCUAAAGGUACCGGGCGGGGACUGAAACCAAGCUAUUACGGUAGAGAUUCUCCACACAUCCUGAGACUAUUCCUGUGACCCUGGGCUGCAGAGGGACAGGAGGACAGUGUAGCACAAGGUGAGACAGAGGAAGUCCGGUCUGUAGUCUGGGGGGCUCAGUCAGAGGGGAGCGUAUGAGGAGUCAGAGAGCAGAGGAUACCCCUGAUCUGUCCUGAUAUCACAGAGCCACACCGGCAACGCACCUGAAAACUCACCCGGCAACGCACCCGGAAACUCACCCGGCAACGCACCCGAAAACUCACCCGGGUCACAAAAGGAGACAAACAAGGAGCCCCCACUCCUCCUGCAGGCAUGAGGUCCUUCCGUUCGUUCGGUAAUGAUGACCGUCACGUCAUGGCCAAGCACUCCUCCAUCUACCCAUCAUCGUCUGAGCUGGAGGCGGUCCAGACCCUGGUGUCCACUGUGGAGGGUGCCCUCAAACACGUCUCUGAUUGGAUAGACCAGAGCAACGUUCAAUCGGUGCAGAGCAACAGCCAGACAGACGCAGCAGUCGGCCAGACAGACGGUCAGUCCGACGCAGCAGUCGGCCAGCCCAACCCCACAGACAGCCCGGUGCCAAAGGAUGGUAGCUGUGACCAUGACGAUGACCUUAACCCUAACGACGACUCCAGUCUUAGUCCCAGAGCCAGCCCAGAUGACUCCACAGACGGCGGUAGCAGUGAGCCCAGUGGAGGUGUUCUGUGUGGCGUGAUGAGGAUCGGCCUGGUGGCUAAAGGUCUGCUCAUCAAACAGGACAUGGACCUGGAGCUGGUGCUGAUGUGUAGAGAGAAACCAACAGAGACACUGCUGUGUGCUGUCUGUGAUAACCUGCCACUGCAGAUACAGAAGCUAACAGAGGAGAAGUACGAGGUGCACCGAUGCGUGCCAGAGGCGGCCAUCUUGGUGUGUUGCACGACAGAGCCCAAACUCACCCUGAAGGUCACCCUCAGCUCUCCACAGAUGAGAGAAGACAGCGACACGGAUGAACAAGGUACCAGGGAUGAACAAGUGGAGGGUGUUGAGCUGUCCGACCCUGCAGACAUGCUGGACAGGCACAGAUGCCUGGUGGCCCUGGCGGCUCUACGACAUGCCAAAUGGUUCCAGGCCAGAGUAAACGGCUUGAAGUCGUGUGUCAUCAUCCUCAGGAUCCUAAGAGACAUGAGCAAUAGACUGCCAGCCUGGGAGCCACUCAAAGGAUGGCCCCUGGAGCUGAUUUGUGAGAAGGCCAUAGCCACGUGUAACCGGCCACUGGGUGCAGGGGAAGCCCUACGUAGAGUCAUGGAGUGUCUCGCCUCGGGAAUCCUGCUUCCAGGAGGACCAGGGUUACACGACCCAUGUGAGAAGAAGCUGACCAACACCCUGACGGCCAUGACAGACGAGGAGGCUGAGGCCAUCACCUACAAUGCACAGCACGCCCUGAGACUGAUGGCGUUUGGUCAGAUCUACAAGGUGCUGGAGAUGGACCCUCUCCCCUCUAGUAAACCCCAGAAGUACCCUUGGUCAGACAGGGAUGGUUCAGGGCUGAAGAGGCCUUAUGAGGACGGGCCCACGGACGACAAAGACCUCAUCAAGAAAAUGAAGAGGAACCUGAGGAAAGUCCUCGACAGCAAAGCAAUAGACACCAACCAACCAAUGAAUGCUCUGAUGCGUCUGAAUCAGAUACGUCCAGGUCUGCAGUACAAGCUGCUGUCCCAGUCCGGCCCGGUCCACGCUCCUGUCUUCACCAUGUCUGUAGACGUAGACAGCACUGUGCACGAAGCCUCAGGCUCCUCCAAAAAAACCGCCAAGCUGCAUGUUGCUGUGAAGGUCCUUCAGGCGAUGGGUUACCCUACAGGGUUUGAUACGGACCUGGACUGCAGUGCAGACGAGAAGUCCGACGGAGAGGGGAGGAGUGAAUCGUCCACACACAGCAAUAACACAACACACUCAGACAGCUCAAAUACACUGGAGGUCCGAACUCAGGGUCCUAUUCUGACGGCCAGUGGUAAGAACCCCGUCAUGGAGCUCAAUGAGAAACGCAGAGGUCUGAAGUACGAGCUCAUAUCAGAGAGCGGGGGCAGCCAUGACAAACGCUUUGCCAUGGAGGUGGAGGUGGAUGGUCAGAAGUUCCGGGGGGCGGGGCCUAAUAAGAAGGUAGCGAAGGCGUCCGCUGCGUUGGCUGCUCUGGAGAAACUGUUCUCUGGUCCCAACGCCACCGCUAUCAAGAAGAAGAAGAUCAUCCCUCAACACUCUACAAAAUGUUCCCUAGCUGCAGCAGUGGCAGCCUCAGCAGUAGCAGCCCAGGUGGCCAGAGGGAGAGGUAGAGCGGCAGCCCUGACCAGUGGAGCCUUCAUUACCACAGCCACUGCACCAGGAUACACACAGAUACCAGGUGUGACAGGCUUCGGGACCCCAUAUGGAUACAGUGCUGCAGCUGCCCCAGCCUAUGGUGGUCUUUUCAUUGACAAUCCCUUUUACCAGGCUCGGACCAUCGCACCAUUUAUUAUUCAGUUGGGUCCUCAAGAUCUCUUCUCUGACUUCUAGAACCAUCAGGUUGUGUUGCUUCUAAACUAUCUGACAACAGUGCUGCUCCAGGCUUGCCCUUUGACCCAGCAGGCUGUCUGUCUGUCUCCCACCAUCAUUUACAGAGCCAGCGAGUGGUCAAACUGAACUCCUCUCACUCUGUUCUGUCUCCUCACGACCCAAAUCAAUAGAAACAAACCUAAAAAAAGCAAUAUUUGAUUGGACUUUUUUAAAAUCUCAGCUGCGUCAAGCUGAGGACCUUGAUCUUUGGGUCUUUUUCUUAUAUAGCAAUACGACACCUGAACUGUUUUGGCUUCAAGCUUACUUGAGAUGAUGUGAAUGUUCCAUUGAGUCUUACACAAGCACAGCGUUGCAAUAUAUCACUUCAAUUGUAUAUUCACUGAGUGUAUGUGUGCCUAUACCAUGGAAUAUAUG